AUGACGGUGACGGCAGCGGCUCCGGGUUCUUCCACCAGCAGCGGAGCCCCCCAUGGGCUGGGGCCGCUCCUCGGGGUGACGCGGGGACACCGGUGGCACGUGCUCCCUGUUUCCAUGAGGCUGCGAACGUGCCUGGGCGAUCCCGUGUGGGAGCAAAGGGCAGCGGGACCGCGUCUCUGCCCGACCACCAGCUCCUGGGGAGGUUCGGCCAGCGAAGGGACCGCUAACGGCAGCCGUGAGGAGAAGGGGGAGGGCAAGCCCAGGCUGAAGGAGGCGAUGGCAGCCACCACGGUGACCGAUUCCAGCGGCGUCAGGAUCAUCACGGAGGUUAUCCCAGCCACAGAUCCCCGAGCGGCCCAGCUGGUCUCCGGCUCCAAGCCGUCCGCGCCCGCUGUGUCAUUUCAAGUCAGAGGCUUCAGAAAGGCUCAGCCCAAGGCGCUGGGGACCAUCCACAUCUUCACCGGGAUCAUCCACAUUUGCUUUGGGAUCAUCCUGACGGUGUCAGAGUACGAGACCCCUUCCCUCCCUGUGGCCAGCGGGGUCCUCUUCUGGCUCGGGCUCCUGGUGAAGACCUGCUGCAUCGUCAACAUGGGGGUCAUCCUGGGCACGCUGGUGGCCACUCUCAUCCACACCACGGCCAUCACUCGCGACAUCCCCAGCUGCGAGACCAGCAUGCCGUACCAGCUGAAAGGCGAGUGGUGCUUCAGAGCUGAGAACAAGAUGCUGAGCAACGGGCUGGAUUCCAUAGUCGUCAUCUUCUGCUUCCUGGAGUUCUGCGUGGCGGUGGCGGCCCUGGCCUUCGGCUACAACGCCAUCAAGCAGCACAACUACAGUCCCAUGGUGCUGUAG